AUGGAGGAGGAGAGGAAGCGUUCAAAAGGAGGGUUCUUUCAUAUGUUUGAUUGGAAUGGGAAGAAGUCCCGUAAGAAGCUCUUCCCAAUCAGUCCAGAAUUACCAGAAGGAUCCAAAGCAUGGAAAGAAAACGUUGAUCGAGGGGCGAAGUUGCAUCUUCAUACUAUAGAGUUUGAAGAUAGAAGAGGAAAUGAAAAUGAUAAUUGUCGAAAACAUAUUGAUUUCAUGUGCUUAAUGUGA